AUGUCCUCGCCUAAUGACCGAAGAGAAGACGUCAAGUCCACCUACGCCCUGCCCCUACCGUACUCCCAAAAGGCCGUAGGCCUCCAUCCUCCCGCUGGGCAAAUGUCCUCGGCCUCCUACUACAACACCCAACCCUAUUAUGGCCAGUCCUUGAACAACGUCUACCUGAUGGGCAACAAAUACUCCAUGCCCAACUUCCACUCGUCCCAGCAGGACCCUUUCACCGCAUACCAAUACUCCCAGGCCCAGCCCAUCUCUUUACAGCAGCCGCUUCUGCAGCCUUUACUGCUGCAACAGCAUUUACAACAACCGUUGCAACAACAACCUUUGCUGCAACAACAGCCUUUGCCGCUGCAGCCUUUGCAACAGCCCGUGGCCCUGCUGCUGCACGCCUUGCCGCAAACCAUCCCUCUGCUGCUUCUGAUCCCCGUGCAACUGUACCAGCAGGUUCAGCAAGUCCAACAGGUGCCUCAACAGCCUGUGCAACAGGUGCUGCAGCUCUCCCUGUACCAGUACCAGCAGCCUCAGGCCUCGUACCAACAGCUACCUUCGCAGAUCGCCCAACCUUUGCAGUCAACAGCUCCGCUUUCUAGAUCCAGCUCUGCUGUUCCACCAGCCCUGGGCACGCCGGCCACCACAGCUUCCAAUGGCCACGCGGAGGUGCCCCAGCAGGACGAGUCUUUUGUGUACUUCAAAGAUCCUGUCUACCGCAACAAGUCUCAGCUGAAGCCCAAGUACAACCCCAAAUCCUUGACGCCUUCCAAACUGACCAAGGGCCCAAGAAAGGGCAAGAAGGAUGGCGACUCCAGAGAUGCGUCCAAGCCAUAUGUCUGUACCUACCAGGAUUGCGAGUGGUCUUUUGCUAGACAAUCGGAUUUGCGCAGACAUGAAAAAUCUCACCUGGAACCCAUGUUCCACUGCCCUUACUGGCGUACCGACCCAACCUGCCACAGAAACGGUGGCUCUUUCAACAGAUUAGAUGUCUUGAAGAGACACUUGCGUCUUGUCCAUUAUGUCAAGGACAAGGAGCACAUGUACCCUGGCUCUGACCCAGGCUGGUGUCGCAGCUGCCAGAAAAUGUUCCAGACUUCCAAGCAUUUUGUGGAACACUGUUUAGACUGUGCUGGUCUGAUUUCUGUUGCUGACUGGAGGCUUGAUAAAUCCGGAAAGCUGGAAGAAAACCUUGAAAAGAACGACGCCGAAAAGAACGGCGACACAAAGCAUUAA